AUGAGACUUGCUUUGAUCCCAUUAAUAUUUGAUAUUGCCACAACUGCUUUCGCGGUCUCUCAUACCUCUCGAGGUGGUUGUGAUAUGUCCUCGUUGAACAGUACCUCAUUCAUCUACACAACCACAUCGGAAGAUACAAUUUUCAGCAUUGCCAAAAAGUUCAAUCGCGGUGCCUGUGAUAUCGCUCGGGCCAAUCGAAUGAUAGACGCGGAACAUCUCUUCGCGGGCUUCACACUGCGCAUUCCAGGCCAAGUCUGCAACCCAGAUAGCAGCACUUGUCUCCUCACCAGACAGAAUGCAACCGCAACAUGCGUGAUGGGCGGACCGCAUGACUACAAGACGAUUGCCGGGGACACUAUCGAGAAGAUCGCCCUGUACAAAUUGAAUGUCACGGUGGAUACCGUUAUGAGCGAAGCUAGCGAAGUGGAAAUUUCAUCGGCGACGGAGGAGAUUCCUGCUGGAACCUUCAUCAAAAUCCGCCAAUGUGUGCCAAGUGCCUGCACGAUUACACCGUUUCACUUUACCUAUGGUGUUUACAAAGACCUUGCAGAGAAAUUUGGAACCUCCGUCGGACAAAUCAUGUCUUUCAAUGGUGGCUAUAAUUAUAGUGAUCACUCAGAUGCCGAGGCGGCCUGGAUCACUGUGCCGAUGGGAUGCGCAAAUCUUGCCCUGAAUGUUACUGUGGAAAUCUAG